AUGAUUAAAUCGCUUAUCUUAUUAUUCUUUAUACCGGUUGCACAACAGUCUUUACUAUGUCCCACCGACGGUGUACCGGAAAGUCUUGUGGCAGCAUCUGUAUGGCAAAAAAAUUCUUUAAACAACCUGACAAAAUUUCGCAUCGGCGGAAAUGAUUUGUCAAGUGAGGGCUAUACGAGGAGUGAAUAUGACAAAAACCUUUUCAUUGUUCUUCUCAGCAAAGGAUCUUCAAAACUCUGUCCACCUGGAACAUGUACCUUUAGGUUAUCUGCCAAUCAACACAUCACCGAUGGCGGCAUAUUGCAUCAAGAAAAUGUUUUUGGAGCUCCAUUCGGAUUUACAGAACUUUCAGUACUCGAACCACUUUACUGUGCACGAGUGGAGGGUGACUGUGGAGCUGACGUUCCGAUCUAUCGUUUUGCUAACAUCACCGGUUUAGUCGCUAGAUACGCUUAUUCGUUAGACGCAAAUGCAUCAAUACCUGGAUUUCUUCGUGAACCGGCCCCGUUAUGUUAUGGUUGGUCUGAUGGAGGUUCGCAAAAAGUAGCCAGCAGCAUAAAAAUUAGCGGAUGUAAAAAACUUUCCGAACCCGUGAAGGGAAAGAUAAAAUAUCAACCAGCAAAUACAGACGUUUUUCCGUUGGGUAGUGUAGCAUCCUUACUUUGCACUUCCGGCUACUCUACGUAUGGUGCGACUGAACUAACAUGCUCAAAUACUGGAUGGUACCCAAGUGACGCUUUUGAACCGUGCAUUCUCGAAAAGUCUAUCAAAAAAACAGAUAGCAGAUGCUGGCCAAUUCUGCCACCGUUAAACGGCAAAGUGGUUUACAGCAAAGAAAGUUCUGGCACAUUUCCGGAAGGAACUUUAGCGCAUUUACGGUGCCAUGACGGAUAUGCAGUUUCAAACCCAACGCAGCAAGCAAGAUGUGAAAAGAAUGGACAAUGGACUACAGAAACUCUUGGGAAAUGCGAACAGCUAUGCACAAAUUUGCCUGACAUACCGAACGGAAAGAUAUCUUACAUUACAAAAGAGAGUAAUCAGUUAACAACUGGGACAAUUGCUCAGCUUCGUUGUACUUCUGGAUAUGACAUUAUCGGGUUAGAUUCUGUGACAUGCGAGGCUUCUGGUUGGAUGCCUUUUCCUGGAAUAGGCAGUUGCACACUGGCAAUCAAUCAGUGCCAUUUUGGAAUACCGGUUCCAUUGGGUGGUACUAUAAGUUACAGUCACGGCGGUAUUUUUGGUCCAUAUCCAUCGAACACUGUAGCCACAUUAAUUUGCAGUCCCGGUCUAACAGCUGAAGGAUCGGUAAGUUCCACUUGCAAAGGCUCUAUAUGGAAUCCACCAACAGUUGGUGUUUGUACACCAGACGUUCUAGCCGAAAAAGUUGAGAACAAGAAAACAAAAUUUCUUGUCACCGUAUCACCAGGAGUAUUAUCUGUAGGCAGUAAUGGAUCAUGCGUUCAUGACUUUUCUGACUCUUCAGGUGGUUCAGUCACUUACAGCCAAGAACAAGUGUCUGCUUCUUAUCCGGCCGGCACAGUAGCAACGCUUAAAUGCCCAGAUGGUUACACCACCGGUGGGGGAUCGUCGACUUGUGUUGAUGGCGAGUGGGAUCCGCCGUCAUUACAACCUUGCAUGAAGAACUCAAAUUCUACGCGGAGAGCAGCACAGGCUGGGUUUAAUGCAGUGCUGGUUGCUGAGUGUCUAAAUGGAAUUCCAAGACCGUUACAUGGUCACGUUACUUACUCAAAUGCUGAAUCCACUGGGCCUUUUCCGUCAGGGACUAUUGCUACAGUAUCCUGUAAUACUGGUUAUACACCCACUGGAUCAACUACGUACACGUGUCGGGAAGCCACUUGGUCACCUCCAAUGUUCGCUCAAUGCGUUAUCGCUGGCGCUACUACUUUAUUUGAUGCUGGAAAUGGAUCAGAUGGAACUCCAGGCGUGAAUAGUUGUCUAGCAUCCUUACCAGUUCCUCUAAAUGGCAGAGUCACCUACUCGGAUCUUGUAACAAUAGGACCAUUUCCUAGCGGAACAGUAGCAACCAUGAUCUGCAACGCAGGGUACACUGCGUCAGGAGCGGCUACUUCAGUUUGUCAAAACGGAUUAUGGUCACCAGCAACACUAGGAGAAUGUGUUUUAGGACCAACUGAUGGAGUUGUUGGAAUGACUUCAUGUGCAACGGGAUUGGCAGCACCUUUGAACGGAAUAAUCAGUUAUUCUACCGGGUUGUUACCACCAUAUGCUGCUGGAACUAUCGCAACAGUAAUUUGUAACCUCGGUUACACCGCUUCUGGGUCAGCAGCCAGUACAUGUAUGAAUGGUGUUUGGAAUCCUGCGACGACGGCUCAGUGUGUUCUGGGCAUCGGAGGAGGAACAGGAGGCACUGAAACAAUGGGACAGUGUACUGCUCUUGCCGGACCGUUAAAUGGUGAAAUCAUUUAUUUCCCCGCAUCUUUAACAAGUUCUUACGCCUCAGGCACUGUUGCAACGCUGACUUGUAACCUCGGCUUUAUUGCUAGCGGACAAACAACGGCAAAAUGCUUAAACGGUUUGUGGGAGCCAUCGCUGCUGGGAACUUGUGUUGCGGGUGUAGGUGGUGGAGGAGUUUCAGGUAACCAGUGCCUUUUUGCUCUUCCUGGAGUGCUAAAUGGCAAUGUACAGUAUUCAACGGGAGGUGCAAUAGGACCAUAUAAUGAAGGUACUUCUGCUACGCUAAAAUGUAAUGUCGGAUAUUUGAUAUCUGGAACUGCAACAUCUGUAUGCACUAAUGGAGCUUGGCAACCACCGUCACUUGGAGUAUGCAGUUAUGGUCUCAGCAGUGAUUAUGCAAACGAUGGGCAAUGUCGACAUAUACUUCAUGUUGAAGAGGGCUAUAUUCAUUAUAGUAGAAAAGCCAGUCAAGGUUUCCAUCGUCCUGGUACACUGGCAGCAUUACAAUGUCAUAAAACUUACCCACUGACUGGUCGUUUUUCUGUUUGCAAAAAUGGCACAUGGACACCACCAAUAGGUAAUUGUGAGCACGAACCUGUAAAUAUCCUGCCAGAUCCUUCCAGUUGCCCGUAUUUAUUCGUACCAAACAAUGCGAAAGUUUUUUACAUUCAAGCUAAUCUAACUAGCAAAUACAAAGUUGGUACAAGUGCUAUUCUCAGCUGCAAUAAUGGCUACAUAAACAGUGGACAGACGACGCUUAUUUGUACGCCUGACGGUUGGCGACCAAAAAGUGGGUUUGGUGGGUGUAUUUUGGUUAAAAGGGUUCUUAAGUGA